AUGGUACAUGCUCAGCCCCGACAACGCACUUCACCGCCCCUUCGGCCCCUUCACCCGCGGCCGCACCAUGGACCCUCCCCCCGCCAUCUUCAACAUAUAUCCCAAGGAGCACCUGAUCAAGCUCGCGAACCGGCUCGCGGACGAAGCCUUCGAGGAGCGCAUGGCCAUACUAGCGCGCACGCCCGGCGCCCCCCUGCCUCCUCGCGGCUGGCCCACCCCGAGCCCCAGAUCCCGCUUCUCGGGCGCGCGGUCCUGAAAGUCGGGCGUGGGCUGACUCGCUGCGCGGACCGGGUGCGCGGCUGGAGGGACGGCUUGGUCCGCACCAAGGAGCAGGUCAAGCAGGACUACGCGCGCGUGGCGUUUGCUGCCGAGAGGAAGUAUUGGCUGGCGCUGACCGCGUACCGGCAGAGUCCCUGGCCGAACACUCUGCGGCAGCUGUGGUAUCUGCUGCUGAUGGUGGGUCUUGUGCUUGUUGUGUGGGUUGGUUUGGUGAAGGUGCUCGCGGUGAUGGAGGAGCGAGAACGACAGCAGGCUCAUAUACGCGCGAUCCCGAUGUACGGGGUGUGGUCUGUUACCCCGCUGCGAUGUCCGUGUGUUGGGCAAAAUGAGUAA